GAGACAACGAAUGUUAUGAUUGAGUUGACUUGGAGUCUUGUGUCACGAAGUUAGUGCGUAGUUGAAUAAUUUCUAGUGUAGGAUGUAGAGAUUUGGGAGAAUCACUGGAACACGAAAUGGCAGAAGCUGUUGUUUCUGUUACAGUGCAGAAGCUAGGAGAGUUGCUCUUGGAAGAACCGUUGUUCUUGUUCGGUAUAGGUGACCAAGUGAAGCAGCUGCAAGAUGAAUUGAAGCGUUUGAAGUGCUUUUUGAAAGAUGCAGAUGAAAAGCAGCACAAAAGCGAGAGAGUGCGUAACUGGGUUGCAGGCAUUAGAGAAGCUUCUUAUGAUGCAGAGGAUAUCCUCGAGGCGUUUUUCCUCAAAGCAGAAUCAAGGAAACAAAAAGGGAUAACAAGGGUGCUUAGGAGGCUUGCGUGCAUAUUGAACGAGGCGGUUUCACUUCAUAGUGUUGGCUCAGAGAUUAGAGAGAUCACCUCCAGGCUUUCUAAGAUAACAACAAGCAUGCUAAAUUACGGUAUAAAAGAAGCUAUUGGCAGAGAAGGUUUGAGUUUGUCUGAUAGUCAAAGACAACAGAGGCAGUCGUUUCCAUAUGUUGUUGAGUAUAAUCUUGUCGGGAUAGAGCAGAGUCUUGAGAAGUUAGUGAACGAUUUAGUUUCCGGAAGUGAGAAACUAAGAGUCACGUCUAUAUGUGGAAUGGGUGGUUUGGGGAAAACGACUUUGGCCAAACAGAUUUUUCAUCACCACAAAGUGAGGCGUCAUUUCGAUAGGUUUGCUUGGGUAUAUGUUUCUCAAGACUGUAGACGGAGACAUGUUUGGCAAGAGAUUUUUCUGAAUCUCAGCUACAAGGAUGAGAAUCAGCGGAUACUCAACUUGAGGGAUGAACAGCUUGGAGAGGAGUUGCAUCGGUUCUUGAAAAGGAAUAAAUGCCUCAUUGUGCUUGAUGAUAUAUGGGGUAAAGAUGCUUGGGAUUGUCUGAAACACGUCUUUCCACAUGAAACAGUAUUUACUGUAGGAAGCGAAAUAAUACUCUCCACUCGAAACAAGGAAGUUGCUUUACAUGCUGAUCCGAGGGGUGCGCUUCAUGAGCCACAAUUGCUAAAUUAUGAAGAGAGCUGGGAGCUAUUGGAGAAAAUUUCAUUAUCUGGGAGAGGAAAUAUAGAACCAAUAUUGAUCACGAAGCUAGAGGCUAUUGGGAAGCAGAUGGUCGUAAAGUGUGGAGGUUUACCUCUAGCAAUAACAGUUCUAGGGGGACUUCUGGCAACGAAAAGUACAUGGAACGAGUGGCAAAGAGUACACGAGAACAUCAAAUCAUAUGUUUCAAAUGGAGGUAGUAGCAGUGGAAGUAAGAGCAUGAUGGUUGCAGAUGUUUUGUGCUUGAGUUAUGAGUACUUGCCUCCCCAUUUAAAGCAAUGUUUCCUCUACUUUGCUCAUUAUCCUGAAAACUAUGAGGUUCAUGUGGGAUCAUUGGUUAGUUAUUGGAUUGCAGAGGGAAUGGUUAUGCCUGUAAAACACACAGAGGCUGGCACGACAGUAGAAGAUAUUGGGCAAGAUUAUCUCGAAGAAUUAGUAAGGAGAAGCAUGGUUAUGGUUGGGAGGAGGGACAUUGUAACUUCGGAAGUCAUGACAUGUCGUAUGCAUGACCUCAUGAGGGAGGUUUGUUUAAAUAAAUCAGAGCAAGAAAGCUUUGUGCAAGUUAUUGAUUCAAGGGAUCCAGAUGAAGCUGAGGGUUUCCCAUCUCUUUCAACCAAUACAUCUCGUAGAAUUGUUGUGCAGUUACACGGUGGUGCAGAGGAACACCGGAUCAAGAGACUUUCUCAGGUGAACUACAUAAAUCCUCGGUUUAGGUCUCUUGUGUAUAUUAUGAAGAAACAAGGACAUUCAUGGGCACUUCUGGGUAAGGUUUCCUUCAAAAAGAUGAAACUUCUUAGAGUUCUUGAUCUCGAGGGAGCUCAAAUCGAGGGAGGGAAGUUACCAGACGACGUAGGAGAUCUCAUCCAUUUGAGAAACUUGAGCCUGAGAUUGACUAACGUGAAGGAACUCACAUCAUCUAUUGGAAACUUAAAGUUAAUGAUUACUCUAGAUUUGUUCGUUAAGGGGAAAUUGCUCAUUCCAAACGUGAUAUGGAAGCUGCAGCGGCUGAGACAUCUGUGUAUGCCUUCAGAUGUUGAUCCAAAAACAAAGCUGGACUUGAGUACUCUAAGAAACCUGCAGCAACUCUGGGAUUUCCCUGUUGGACAAUGCGAUCCAAGGGAUCUUCUAGCAAUGACAAGUCUUAGAAGAUUGUCGAUCAAUCUUUCUUCGCAGGAUACAAACUUCGAGGCGGUAUCUUCUCUAAGUACAGUCUUGAAACGUCUCCGCGGCUUGACAAUUAACGUUCCAUGCGAACCUUUGCUUCCACCAGUAGAUGUUACACAGUUGGUUUCUGCAUUUACUAAUCUCUCUGAGCUGGAACUGUUUCUUAGACUAGAGAAGCUCCCAGAAAAUCAGACUUUUUCGCCUGAUGUUGGUGCUUUACGUUUGUGGCAAUGCGGACUAGUGGAUGACCCGUUUCAGGUUCUUGAGAGGCUUCCAAACUUGAAGAUUCUCCAAUUGUUUGAAGGAUCAUUUGUGGGUAAUAAACUUUGUUGUUCUAAAAAUGGUUUUCCUCACCUGCAUUCUUUGACAUUGUCACAACUUCAGAAUCUAGAGGAGUGGACUGUAGAAGACGGUGCCAUGAUGCGUCUUGUCUCCAUAGAGUUAAAGUGCUGUAAGAAACUGAAUUCAGUUCCUGAAGGAACGAGAUUCCUGAAGAAUCUACAAGAAGUGGAGAUUGGUAACAUGACAAAGGCAUUUAAGGACAAGCUGAUCUCUGGUGGUGAAGAUUUCUACAAGGUUCAACAUGUGCCUUCUGUUGUUUUUGAGUAUUGUGACCUUUAAGGAUUUGGGUGUUACAAGAGUAUGAUCUUGUUAAAGAAUCACCCUUUCACGUUGAAUAGACAAAGCUUGAUUUUUCAUGAUGUAAUCCAAACAUUUUAGGAUAUCGUUUCUCAUCUACGAGUACAUAUCACA